AGAAGGCAUUCCGUCUUCUUGAAGUACGGACGUAUUCUUCUUUGUGACACCGUUCGCGGAAUGUCAUCGGCAGGGUUCGUGCGUAACGGUACGCGUGUUUUGCGCACUCGCAGUUUGAAUCGAGACCUCUCUAACUUUCUUCCGAGCUGGGAUGAAGGACUUUCCUCGGCGUAAAACGGAGAUGGGAAUUGUGCCGGAGUGAAAAAACAAAACAAAACAAAACAAAAAAGCUGGGAGAGAAAGGACCAUUUUUGGGGUGAAGUUGGAAAGACAACUGGAUGCCUUAUUUUUUAUUAUUUGGUCGUGGGUGACACCUCUCUUCUUACCCAGAAACCUAAGCGUUGCGCGGGUGUUAAUGGACAGAUUGACUCCUGCUUGGCAUCAAACCUACAACCUUCCAGUCGCAGCGUACGCUCUCCAGCCAAUAGACUUCCCUGGCACAGCGAGUCCUCCCACUAUAGCAACCUGUAUCACGUUUAUAGUAUGGAUAACCGAACGUUUCACCUCGCGUUAGUCCACUUAACAACUUUUCUGGGGGAAUGGAUUUAAACCUAAUUUGCUCGAAACUGUGAUUCUUAGUAUGACUUUCGCUUGUUCCCCACUGUAUGUAUAUAUUAUUUAGCUUAGUGUUAUUUUAUUUUCUGUAAGGAUCUCGGGAAAAAAAAAAAAAAAAAAAAAAAGAGUUGCAGCCUAAAUCUCGUCGGCUCUCAUGGGACUGAGGCAUUCGUCGCGUUGUUUGCUGCUACGGCGGAAGAUGGCGGAGGCGGACAGCUCGGAGCGGCAGCAGCCUGUCAUGUCCCCCUUCUCUCAGUCUGCCCAGCCCUCCCCCCUGCCCAAACCAGUGCCUACUACCCACCACGUGCCCUGCGUCCCCCACACGCCUCAUGUAGCAGCCCUGGCCACCUGUCCCGGCCGAGGCAAGAUCGCCAAGUUCAUCAGCCCUGAGGAAAUGACAUCACGGGACUACUACUUCGACUCUUAUGCCCACUUUGGCAUCCAUGAGGAGAUGCUGAAAGACGAGGUGAGGACGCUGACCUACCGGAACGCCAUGUACCACAACAAGCACGUGUUCAAAGAUAAAAUCGUCCUGGACGUCGGCAGCGGCACGGGGAUCCUUUCCAUGUUCGCUGCCAAUGCCGGCGCCAAGCACGUCUACGGGAUCGAAUGUUCAAGCAUUUCUGAAUAUUCAGAGAAGAUCAUCAAGUCCAAUCACCUACACAAUGUCAUUACCAUCUUCAAGGGCAAGGUGGAGGAGGUGGAGCUGCCCGUGGAGAAGGUGGACAUCAUCAUCUCGGAGUGGAUGGGCUACUGCCUCUUCUACGAGUCCAUGCUCAACACGGUCAUCUUUGCAAGGGACAAAUGGCUGAAACCUGGAGGUCUGAUGUUCCCUGACAGAGCGGCUCUCUAUGUGGUAGCCAUUGAAGACAGGCAGUACAAGGACUUCAAGAUUCAUUGGUGGGAGAACGUGUACGGGUUCGACAUGAGUUGCAUUCGGAAUGUGGCCAUCAAAGAGCCGCUGGUGGACGUGGUGGAUCCCAAACAGGUGGUGACAAACGCCUGCCUCCUGAAGGAAGUGGACAUCUACACCGUGAAGCCAGAGGACCUGUCCUUCACCUCGGCCUUCUGUCUGCAGAUCCAGCGUAAUGAUUACGUCCACGCGCUGGUCACUUAUUUUAACAUAGAGUUCACCAAAUGUCACAAGAAGACUGGCUUCUCCACCGCUCCAGAUGCACCCAGCACGCACUGGAAGCAGACAGUGUUUUAUUUAGAGGACUACUUAACUGUCAAGAAGGGAGAGGAGAUCUUCGGCAGCGUCGCUGUCAGACCCAAUGAGAAGAAUGUGCGUGACCUGGAGUUCACCCUCGAGCUCGACUUCAAGGGGCAACUCUGCGAGGCCGCCAUUUCCCACGACUACAAAAUGCGUUAGGAUCGAGAACAAGGCCCUGGUGCGCACCGACCCUCAGCCCCUUGAAGGACGCAACUAGAGAGGGGCGGGGGGGGCACAGGCUCUCCAACGAGCACUGCGGCCGGCCAGAGAGGGCAAAAACCGACGCAUCUGAUUGGAUGCCAACCAGCCAGCAUCUCAGUGAUGUCAUCAAAAUAGAGAAGUAACCAUCAGCUCUAGUGCCGCCACAUGUUCCAACGCGACCGGCACAUCGUAGAAUGUAAGAUCCUACGUGAACUCGAUUUGUCACCAGAUUCGGGGAAUUAUUUUUUAAGUGACAUAGUAUUAAGUCUUUACAUUGUUGAGUGCUAAUUGAACAACCCUGUUGGGGUAUGAGGCUGAAAGGGUCACAGCGCAGUCAUUAACUAUUUUUCCUUUUAGUGAUUUGUUUAUGGCAUAAGUGUGUAGUAAUUACUAGUGUUUUAUUUAAUUAUUUACUAGCUGCAUGUGAGACAUGUUUUUUUUUCUUCGGUUCAUUGAUUUCAGAAAGAUGUGAAAUGUAAUUUAUUUAUUUAUUUAAUUAGCAACAAUUGGGAAGCAGCUGCUCUUUGGAGCCAGAGGUGAACGGCGCCUCAGAACUGUAACAAACAGAGAAGCAAUAUGUCAUGUGUCACGUUAAUUCAGAGAAAGGAGCAAAAGAACGUGAAAACAGAAAUGAAGAAUAAAAUGUCACAGAAUCA